AUGGAUACAAAUAAAAAACAAAUGGAAGAUAAAGUACGUCAAGUUCGGACAUGUUUAACGUCAAGUGACGACAAACGUAGGAAAAACGCUCCGAAGGAUUCCUCCUUCUUGGGGAAUUCCCCUUUGAGUGGAGUCCCACAUGACAGGAAUUCCCCAGUAGCCACUAGAAACAGGGAUUCUGGUUAUGUUACUGAUAAUUCACCAGCCACCUUCUCGCCUUAUUCACAUUUUACAUUUGAUCUGCCUCCCCAGGAGGAACAUGGUGCUGUAGGAGGUGUCCCCUCACCCCAGGGUUUAGAAGAUUCUGGAAGUGAUAUCAUGGAUAAUUUCGAAACCGGAGUAUUUUUUGAUAUUGAAGAAGAGGGGGACGAUUCGGCUUUUUUGGAUGAAGUGGAUGGAAUAAGUGAUAACGAAGGUGAUACAAGUGGUGAAACUUAUCGAAACGUUGCAACUCUUCAAAGACAGGUUUCUCAACCUAUGGCAGUGCCUCUAUCUCCUCCUAUAGCCGAUAUAGCAUUACGGAAUGGUGUUCAAGCCCCGUUCACACUACCUGGACGCUAUUAUUCCAGAGUGGCUAGUGUAGCCACACAGACUCCUCACGUACUUUCCCAGAUGCUACAUCACGUUAUUUCAGAGCCAGCUUUUGUUACUCAAUCCAGAGGAACAGUAUUACGUAGAUUACGUCACAGUUCAGAUAGUGAUGACUUCGUUAAUGGACAAUCCUCGAACGCUCAUGGACCUCUACCGGACAUCAUCCCACAUGUACGUGAUCGUUCCGUAUCCCUUCCGGACAUGCAGGCAUUACGAGUACAGAGAGAAUUGGAAGUGGGGCGAGAAUUAAGGAGAUUGAGUGAUGAAUUCAAUACAAGUUAUAGCCGAGGUCGUGAACGAAGACGAGCGAGCAUCACAUUUGAGAUGGCACCCUCCAAUUCAUUCCCCGGUGCCCGUAGAAAUGCUGUUUCCAGUUUUAUGGACAUAUUCAGAAGUAUGUUCCUUCGUUCACCCAGUCCAUUAGAUGAAAGAGAAGACGACAUUGAACCCAGUUGA